CCAUAUCCGUCAUAUCCGUCAUAUCCAUGCCGGCUGCGGGAUAGGUUAUAAACGUUCCUUUUUUGAUUGAGUUAAUUUUGCAUAUUGCGUAUUGCGCGAUACAAAAGGCAAUGGGGAAAAAAGAUAAGAAGAAAAACAAGAACAAGAUGAGCGGUCCGGUAAAGACUGCACUAAAAACCGAAAAGAAGCUUAAUGCUAAGCAGAAGAAGGAAUUAGCGGCCAUUGGUGAGGAUGACAUAGAAAAGAUUGUUGCUGAAAUUGAAAAAGAAGAGGCUCGCAGGCAAUGCAUUAAGGAAGUGGUGGUGGAUACGCCACUUAGACGAGUCAAUUUCACUCUGACGGCGCAUCCUUUUAAGGAUGAACUUAUCAUGCUCGGCGGCGAGUUUCAUGAUGGUCGACAAACAAUCGUUUACGGCGACAUGUUCAUUUACAAUAUAAAUAAGCGAGAAUGGACGUUGGUGAAGGCGCCAGGGGCACCGCCGCCGCGGUGCGGUCAUCAGGCCGUAGCCACAGCGAAUCACGGUGGUGAAUUGUGGGUGUUUGGCGGCGAAUUCACAAGUCCGAGCGAGUCACAGUUUUAUCACUAUCGGGACUUGUGGGUGUUUCGACUUGUUGACAAGAAAUGGGAAAAGAUCACAGCUCUAAAUGGCCCAUCAGCCAGAAGCGGGCACAGAAUGGUGCACGUGAAGAAACAGCUAAUAGUGUUUGGCGGAUUCCACGACAAUCUGCGACAUGAUUGCAAAUAUUUCAACGACGUUCACAUUUUUGAUCUGGAGACUUACAUGUGGCGGAAAAUCGAACCUGCUGGUGUUGCACCUACUCCUCGAUCGGGCUGUAUAUUACUGCCGACUCCGGACAAUAAAGUUCUCCUAUAUGGCGGCUACAGCAAGGAAAAAGUAAAGAAGAACAUAGAGUUGGGUUGCAUUCACGAUGAUAUGUUUCUCCUGACGCAAGCGGACAAAAAUGAUGUAACCAAAUAUAAAUGGGUCAGCGUGAAGCAAACUGGGAUCCGAAUAAGCCCGAGAUGUGGCGCUACCGCCACGUUAAUUCAGCCCGCCGCUAAUCAGGCCUUCGUGUUUGGCGGUGUUUACGAUGAUGACGGUGAUGAUGAGGAAGAAGAUCUAUGUGGAACAUUUUACAAUGAUCUGUUUGUGUUGGACUUGGAGAAAUUACACUGGCGCGUUGUAACAUUAACCGGGAAAAGAGAAACGACUCUUACUGGUGGCACCGAAAAACGACGAAGAAGAAGAAGAAACCAGAGAGAAGAAAGCUGUGAGGAAGCAGAGCAGAGUAAUGAUUCAGAUGAGGAAGUGAUAGAAGAUCUUUCGAAUUCCGUGCAAUCCACAGUUAUUGUAGAUGAUGAUGGAAUAUUCACGGUAACGAUAGGUUCGACGGAGCCAUCGACAUCUUCCUCAUCGUCACUUCAACCCAUCUCGACAGUGACAAGUGACAAAGAGACGAAAUUUCUACCAUUACCGCGAAUGAAUGCUGGAAUGGCGACGAAGCACAACAUCUUGUAUUUGUAUGGCGGCAUAAUGGAAGAGGGUGAUCGGCAAUACACUUUUUCCGAUUUCUACAGCUUAGAUUGUCGAAGGCUAGAUGAAUGGAAAACUUUAAUAGCGGACGAUUUGUCAUCGCAAACGUGGUUCGAUUCUUCGGAAAGUUCAGAAGACAAUGAAAAUGAAGAUGAUAGUGAAAAAGAGGAGAGUGAUGAUAAUAAAUCAGUGAAUAUUAAUGUUGAAAACUGAGUAGAAAAAAAAAUAAUAAACAACUUGCUUAAAUAAUUUUCAUCUAUAUUUAAAUGAGUGAACAUUUUAUUACAAUCUUUCUCAAAAACAGCAAGUUGAAGUGUUUUUAUUACAACCAAAAAAUACUAGAAAUAUAAUCGAGAAUGUGUGUGUUUGUAUGUGUACAUACACACAUGUAAAAGUCAGGUGUUCGAUAUAUUUAUAUGUAUGCAUGAGAGAAAAAGGAAAGGGUGCACGCGUUUACAUCCAUACAUACAAAACACACACGUACACACACGCGUAUGUAUACGUAUGUUUUGAUAUAGAUAAAAAUUGAUAAAAUUUUUUAAAUAAAAGUAUAAAAAUAGAUCCUAGAUUAUAUAUAUUUUAUUCCACUGCUCUGUACAUGAAAAUAAGAUUAUGAGUUCUCUCAUACCAUGUCUAUAUUUAGCGGUUAUCCCACAUCUUUUAUACAUAUUGAUGCAAAAAAUAGAUGUGUGUAAAAAAAUUAUAUACUUUUAUGUAAGAAGUAGAGAUAAUUUAUAAUGUUAAAAACAACUUGGCUGUAACAAAGUUAUGCUAAUUAUAAAAUUGUCUUUCUUGGGACAAAGCCAGUUUGACCUGAUGAUUAAAUACUUAUACAACAGUG